GAUUUUUUUUUGAAAAAAAAAAAUCAAAUGAUUUGAUCAAAAUAAUAUUAACGGAACUGGAUUAUAUUCUCAUUUUACGAAAUAAAAACAUUCGAUUUGACAUUCAUAAACAACGUUCAUUCGUAAUUCGUAAUUAAUUUUUGAACCGAAAAACAAAACCAAGAAAAAAAUGGAUAAUCUUCAUCAACGUGAUCGUGUUGGUGUUGAUGAUUGUGUUUUACUUGAUGAUUAUCGUAAUCGUGAAUUAUUUAUUGAAAAUCUUCGUAAACGUUUUAAUGAAGAUAUUAUCUAUACAUACAUCGGUACGGUACUUAUAUCGAUAAAUCCGUAUAGAGAAUUAUCAAUCUAUAAUGAUUCAUAUAAACAAAUUUAUGCCAAUGUUAAUUUCUAUCAACUUUCACCUCAUAUAUUUGCUAUUGCUGAUUCAUCAUUUCGUCAAAUGGUUGAUGAAUGUCGUGAUCAAUGUAUAUUAAUAUCGGGUGAAAGUGGUGCCGGUAAAACUGAAUCAUCGAAAAAAAUUUUAGAAUAUUUAUCCAAUAUAACAUCAAGUAAAGGAUCGGAACAACAACAUCAUAUUAAACAGAUUAAUAACCGGUUAUUAUUAUCAAAUCCAAUACUUGAAUCAUUUGGUAAUGCAAAAACUAGUCAUAAUAAUAAUUCAAGUCGAUUCGGUAAAUAUAUGGAUAUUGAAUUUGAUUAUUUGGGUCAUCCAUUAGCUGGUCAUAUUGAUAUUUAUUUAUUGGAAAAAUCACGUGUCGUUUAUCAGAAUAAAAAUGAACAAAAUUUUCAUAUAUUUUAUCUAUUGCUCGGUGGUGCAUCAGAUGAAAUGCUUAAAGAAUUUAAUCUUCGUCGUGAUCCAUUGAAUUAUUUUUAUUUAAAUCAACAGGAUAAUAAUGAUUAUAUUGUUGAUGGUAAUGGUGAUGGUGGUGAUCAAUUUGAAACAAUACAAAUGGCAUUAGAAAUAUUUGAUUUUAAUCGUAAUGAUGAACAACAAAAAAUGUUUGCUAUUGUUGCUGCCAUUUUACAUUUGGGUAAUGUUGGUUUUUUUGAUGAAGAUAAUGGCCAAACAAUUAUAUCGAAUAUGAAACCAGUUACAGUGAUUAGUAAAUUAUUAGAAUGUGAUGUUAAUCUACUCAAACAAUCAUUACUACAUCGAACAAUCGAGGCGAGAGAUGAAUUAAUGACCACCGAUUUAACACGUGAUCAAGCAAUUUAUGCACGUGAUGCAUUAGCUAAAGCUAUUUAUCAACGUUUGUUUGUAUGGCUUGUAUCAAGAUUAAAUCAAUCGCUACAUUCGGCUGGACAGCAACACGGACGACAACAAUCGAAAAAACAAAAAACAGUAAUGGGUUUACUUGAUAUUUAUGGUUUUGAAAUUUUUCAACAAAAUAAUUUUGAACAAUUUUGUAUUAAUUAUUGUAAUGAAAAACUUCAACAAUUAUUUAUUGAAUUAACAUUGAAACAAGAACAAGAAGAAUAUCAACGUGAACAAAUUGAAUGGGAACCAGUUGAAUAUUUUAAUAAUCGAAUUAUUUGUGAUUUGAUUGAAGAAAAACAUCGUGGAAUUAUUGCCUAUUUGGAUGAAGAAUGUUUACGUCCAGGUGAUGCAACGGAUUUAACAUUUUUAUCAAAAUUAGAUGAAAAAAUUUCUGGUCAUCCACAUUAUUGUACAAUAAGACCAAAUCAUUCGAAUAAAAAUAAUCGUCAAAAUGGUAUGAUUGGUGUUAAUGGCCAGGAAAUUGUUGGCGGCCAUCAAUUUCGUAUUACACAUUAUGCUGGUGAUGUUGAUUAUGAAAUUAAUGGAUUUAUUGAUAAAAAUAAUGAUCUAUUAUAUCGUGAUCUUAAAAAAACAAUGUGUUCAUCAAAUCAUUCGAUUAUUAAACAAUUAUUUAAUUCGGAUGAAUUAUCAAAUCAUCGUCGUCCAACAACAACCGCUACACAAUUUCGACAAAGUUUAUCCAAUCUAAUGUCAUUGUUGGCCACUAAACAACCAUGGUAUAUUCGUUGUAUUAAACCGAAUAAUAAUCAACGAAGUAAAUUUUUUGAUGAGAAAAUUGUUUGUCAUCAGGUUCAAUAUCUUGGAUUGAUGGAAAAUCUUCGUGUACGUCGUGCCGGUUUUGCUUAUCGUCGUAAUUUUAAUGAUUUUCUUGAACGUUAUAAAUGUCUUUGUCCAAAAACAUGGCCCUAUUAUGAAGGAUCAUUUCGUGAUGGUGUUCAAGAAUUGGUUGAUUAUUUUGGUUUUGAACCCGAUGAAUAUCGAAUGGGUUUGAAAAAAAUUUUUAUUCGAUCUCCACAAACAUUAUUUCGUAUUGAAGAUGCAUUUCAACAACAUAAACAUGUUCUUGCUACAACUAUUCAAGCUGUAUAUCGUGGUUGGUUAAUGAAAAAACGAUAUGAAACAAUUAGAAAAUCAAUGAUUGCAUUACAGGCAAAUAUUCGUCGUUAUUUAGCCAAGAAAAAUUAUCAACGAAGACGUCAAGCAGCUAAUCAGAUUCGUGCAUUUAUUAAAGGUUUUAUUACACGUAAUGGACCAUCAAAUCAAUUUAAUCAAAAAUUUAAAAGACAAGUUAAAAUUCAUUGGCUUACAACUCUAAGUGAAUCAUUACCGAAUUCGAUUUUAAAUCAUAAAUGGCCUAUGGCACCAAUAUGUUGUCAAGAAGCAUCAAAACUGUUAUGUAAUAUGCAUCGAAGAUGGUUAGCCAGGAAAUAUUGUCUAAAAAUUUCACCGAAACGUAAAGAAAUAUUACAGGAAAAAGUAUUGGCCGAAAAUUUAUUUAAAAAUAAAAAACAAUCAUAUUUGGAAAGUAUUCCGGAACCAUUCGAAUCGAAUCGUCUUGAUGGUCGUUUGGAUGAAAUGCGACGAAAUAUUUUCGAAAAUAAAUUCAAAAUUGAUGAUGAUGAAAAAACACAAUAUUGUUCGAUGGUUAAUAAAUAUGAUCGUCAUGGUUAUCAUUGUCGACAACGAAUGUUAAUCUUAACUAAUAAACGAUUAUAUUUGUUGGAAGUGAAAAAAUCUACGCUGGCAAUGAAAGAAACAUUAUUAUUAAAUUUGAUCAAAAUUGUUAUCAGUAAUCAUAAUGAUGGAUUAUUUAUCAUCAAAAUUCCAAUAAUGAAAAAAGAAAAGGGUGAUCUUAUUCUAGAAUAUCAUCCAAGAUUGAUUGAAUUGCUGACAAAAUUCAUUCGUUUUGCUGGCCAAGAUAAAUUGAUUAUUGAUAAUGGUAAUAUGUUGGAACAUCAAAUGUCAAACGGUAAAAAAGGACAAAUUCAAUUCUGUGGUGGUGAACGUUAUGAAAUUUCGAAACGUAAAGAUGGCCAAUUACAAGUGAUGGUUAAUCUUUAAAACAUUUUCGCACAAUUUUUGGCUACUUUUAAAAAAAAAUAUUUUUUAUAUGUUAUCAUGCUAGUCCACGUGGUUAUCUUAUUCAUUUUUUUUCUAUAUAUUUUAUAUAUUCAAUAAUUCAAGUCUAUUG